CCACAGUCACUGUAUAAGCCACUCUGGGCCUACAACAGCAGUUUCAUGGGGCGUUGCCAUGGCGACGACUAGAGCGUCAACAUGUCCGGAGGGUCGUCACGUCGUGAUAAGAAAGAGCAACCAAAAACAAAGGACAGUGUCUUCCUCCAGUGGGACGCACUGCCACACCAACACAUCCAGGAGCUGCUGAAGAAGACUGCGGAUGAAGUCGAGUCGGAAAUAAAGGAGAUUCUGGGCUUCAGGAACCAUCAGACUUCUAUGAAGGAAGCUGCUCUGCUGGAUUACUAUGUCUGUGGUUUCUGGUGGGCAAAAGAGGCCAGUUUCACUCCCAUGCAGACCUCCUUCACCAUGGCUGUACUGCGCAUGCUGCUGGAUAACAUACGAGACAAACAGAUGGCUCUGGUUGAGAACUUAAUGGAGUUUGCUAAGGCCUUGGGUGCUGCCUGCCAGUGCUCCCCUUCAGAGGCAGACACCACUUCACUUCUAGACAGAGAAGAAGCCACGGCACUCAUAAGUUACAUCAGAGACUGUCUAUUUCAGAAAUACAGACUGUACGAGCUCCUCUUCAUCACACCCAGAGAGGAGCUACUGACAGGCAUGGAGAGGACUGUUGAGGUGUUCUGCUGUCAGGAAGCUCUCACUCCACUGGAAGAAGGCAUUUCCUCUCACCUCUACUCCCAGUAAAUAGCCUGAUAUGCAGAAAAAUGGACAGGUGAUGAUGACCACAGUAGGGCGUCGUCUGUCUGUGGAAUCAGACUACAUAAGCAGUCCACACUUCAAGUUUAGCUUUAUUUCUGUACCAUUCACACUCCAUGUUAUUUAUUAGGGUGAUCACAUAACAGAUGAUAGCAAUCAAGGCUAAUAUUCAGACUUUGUAAUGUCAUGGUAAAGCAUGCCCUUCAUGUUUUCCUUCGCAAUAGAUUGGUUGCCUGUUAACAAAAACUAAUAAUAAAACAAGCCUUUCCUGGAAUGUGCAAAUGGCUUCAUAUAAA